AUGGCUGAAUUGUGGCAGCAGCUCGGUUCCCCGCAGCAGCUUCGAGCUCUGGCUCCCCUCUUCUUCAUUUGUCUUCUCUGCCCUCCCUCAGGUGCUCUUCCCUGGGAUAACAAAGCCAGUGCAUCCCCUCUGGAGGGGUUUGAGGUGGUGAAGGGGAAUUUCUCUCGGACUUUCCUGCGCGUUGGCUACCACAAGAUUGCAGAGAUUCCAGCAGGAGCGCAAAACAUCAGCAUACAGGAGACAGUGAAGAGCAGAAACUACCUGGCUCUGCAGACCCAAACUGGACUGUCUAUCAUCAACGGAAAGUGGGUGAUUGACAGGCCUGGGAUCUUCAACGCCGUGGGAACACAGCUGAUGUACCGACGACCCAAUGAGAUCCGCUCUCGCCUCGGAGAGUCCAUCACCGCGCCUGGGCCGCUCACUGAGGACCUGCACGUCUACUUGAUCUACCAGCAACCAGGUCCUGGUGUACACUAUGAAUACAGUGUACCUUUACAAACCACAGAACCCACUCCUGAACCACAUGUACCUUCUGGCAUACUUCCCCUGGGCAGGCGUCAAGUGCUCUUGGAGUGUGUUGAGAAGGAUUCACAGGCGACUGUUCCUGCUGACCUCUGUGACCCUGCACUUCAACCAGUAAACCAGUCAGAAGCCUGCAACACGCAGCCCUGCGCUGCUUACUGGGAUGUGGGGGAGUGGUCGGAUUGCACCAAGAGGUGUGGGCCCGGCACUCAGCACCGACAGGUCAUCUGCCGUCAGGUCACUCACGUCCAUGCCAACGGGACAGAGUCCCAGGUUACCGUUGCACCAGAGCUGUGCGGGGUGUCUGAUAGGCCGGUGACCAAGUCUACCUGUCAGUUGAAAAUAUGCAGCCAAUGGGACGUUCGAUCUGAGUGGAGCUUGUGUUCCGUGCCGUGUGGGGUGGGCCAGCGCAGCAGGGAGGUGGUGUGUCUGAGUAACCAGGGUGACGUGGAGGAGGAUGACGAGUGCAACAUGAACCUGAAGCCAGACACACUGCAAAACUGUGACAUGGGAGCGUGUGCACGGAGCUGGUUCACCUCCCUCUGGAGCCAACGGUGCUCUGCAGAGUGUGGUCGAGGCAAUCGAACCCGGACAGCUAUAUGCCUCAUGGACCAUGUGACUGACCUUCCAUUGGACAGCUGUGAAGGGGAUCGUCCAGCGGAGGUGACAUCUUGUGACUCGGGCCCAUGUCAGAACCGGCUGGAGUGGUACACCGGGCCGUGGGGUCAGUGUUCUGCAGAGUGUGGGAACGGCACGCAGACCCGCAGCGUGGCUUGUAUUUACAACAACAACGGUCACAUGGAGGUCGCGGACCAGCCGAAAUGUUCGGAUCUGCCUCAGCCAAUCACAGCUCAGACCUGCAGUCUGAAGCCAUGUGGUGCCCAGUGGUAUUUCACAGAGUGGAGCGCGUGUUCUCGGUCUUGUAACGGGGGUUACCGCGUACGAGAGGCCCACUGUCUCGCUGACAGCGUGGCCCCGAGCGACCGCUGUGACCCCAGUUUGACCCCGGAGAGUCGUGAAGAAUGCAAUAAACAACCUUGUGUAGCCGAGAUAAGUCCAUCGUGCAGUGACCAGUAUCAUAACUGCAUGGUGGUGGUUCAAGCCCGACUCUGCAUUUACAAUUACUACAGAGGGGUCUGCUGCGCCUCCUGCUCCCGUGUACAGAAGACGUACCCCAACUCGUUUCAAAAGAACCACAUCCGAAGGUGAUGCCCCCCCUCGAGAGGAUUCAAUUCACCCUCAGGUCACAGCUCCGUGUGGAAACUGAGUGAGCAGUGUGAAAACGACUCCUGGUUCUGUUCGGAGAGAGAUCAGUUGGAUAUUCAGACGCUCGGUCUGCGACAGUCACACAGUCGUACACUAUGUUUAGGUCCAGAGUGUUUUCCUUCUCAGUGUAACUUUACAUUGGACUGCUCACUUU